CCCCUCUUCGCAAGAGGGCCGGAAAUAUUCCAUCCGGACGCGGGCUCUUGUACAUUUCGAAGGAGUCCACCGCCCCCCGAAGGAGUCCACUUGCGGAUACCUCCUAGACGGGAUCGGCGCUUCCUGUCUACCUCAGGGCACUCCCCUGGGUGCUCUAUAAUAGAGUCCGGAAAGUGCGCGCAAACCAGAUGAGCCAGGACUUUUCGCGGUUCUGUAAUGGUCUCCCCGCUUGUCAGCGUGAUUCCAGCCAGCCUUUGUGCAGGGCCCCCCGAGAAAACCCUGCGGAGUCUGGAGACCCUUGAUAGUGCCUCCAGUUCCUCACAGUAUGUUCUCCAGGUGAGCUCCUUUGAUUACUUAAUGAGUCUCUUAUAUCUCCUGUGCGCAUUUCUGUACAGAGUCCAGUCAUCGGCUCUCUUCGAUCUGUACGCUCGGUUCCAGAGUCUCCUGGACUGGCUUCUCAGCCUGUGCAGUUCUCGACUCCAUCAAGGCACUUUGUUCCCUAGCCUGCAUGGUUUAGCCGGGCAUGCCAUGUGGAAGGACUCGGUCAGGGCGACGUGGAUUCUCUCCACCUCGUCCUCCAACCUGUCCUUCCUGCAGGGCCUCACGCGUCCUACCCUGAGCCUUUCCUCCAGGUUUCUCUCAAAGGAGUCCCAGUCGGGGGCCCUUGGGUUUCUGCGCAGGCAAUCCUGCUGUAGCCUGGCACAUCCCUCAAUGCUAAAUCUAAUGCGUCGAUGGUCGGAGAGUGUGUCUUCCCGGUCCAUUCUACAGUCCAUGCAUCGCCCCGCCAGUCGGCAGGUGCACAUGGUUAUGUCGACGAUGCAUUGACAGCGCGAGGUGACAUAAAUUCCAAAAGAGCAGUGCCCCUGUCACUGCAUCUCUCAUUGCCCCACACCACGUUCUGCGCGUUUGCAUCGCAUCCUAUGAUGAGUGGCAGCCUUUUGGCUUUGCAGUGGUUCACCAGGUCACGCAGCUCCUUAGUAGGUGGUGGUGCCGGUGAGUCAUGCGGAAAGUAGGCCGUGCAGAACACAAUGUCCUCCGUCCCUGCCUCCCGCCGAAGCCUCAUGACAACCACCACCAGGUCUCUGUGGCAAAAGUUGGCCAUUCCCCUGGCUCCGCACGCUCUUUUGACAACAAUGCAGGCCCUGGGGCCCAGGUCGCCCCGGGCAUAGAAUAGCUCUUCCUCGCCUCGUGAUAAGCUUUUAACAGAGCCUCCGUGAUACCAGGGCUCCUGUGUGAGGCAUAUGUCUGUGUGCUCCACCGCAAGGCUGCGACACAGCAGGGCAGUCGCAGACUUGCAGUGCUGCAAGUUAAUCUGGGAGCAGUGGACUAGCAGUGAGACUAAGCCGUCUCCCCGCAACGCUUCCUCUGCUCCUCCCCGCCUCGCCAGCCGGGGCAUUGAGCUUUUUAUCAACUAUUUGGACGCUCUUGGGGUCGAUGAUGGUCAAAUGAAUCUGUUUCAACGUAAUUGACUCGGUACUAUUGAAAUGAGUCUGUAGGAUAGAACAGUCGUCGGUUAAUAUGUUCAUCUGAGGAAUAUAAUAUGCUGCUUUUGUUGUAAUGUCUUGGAUUGACUCAAUGACGAAUUGGCCUAUGCAACUUCGGCAUUCGGGUUCCAGUUGAAUUAAUCCACUCUCUUGGAGAAUGACAUCUUCCAGGUGAUUUUUAGUCUCCACAGAUAAACGUAAGUGUUGUUGGGUCCGUAGUCGGACUGUAUCCAAUUCAAAACAAAAGGAAAUGAUCGAGGACCCCAAAAAUUUGUUGAAUUUGAUGCUCUUUGAAAUUAAUGAGAUUAAAUUCUGUCCAACGAGACUCUAAUCACAACUGAAAUAAAUGAGUGUUGUGCGUUUUGGUGACACAACCGAUUUGUUUGUCAGUUAAUAAUUACGAGAAUUGUUAAGGUUCAAUGUUUAAAUAACGCAUAACCUGAAGUUUCGACGUCAUAUUUUUGCUUUAUUCACAGACACAUAUUUUUUUAAUGAAUUUUUACACCUUAUAAAUAUUUCAAUGAUUUACAUGGAAGUUAUUUCAUGGCUGAUCGUAUUUGUUCAAAAUUUGGUAGAUAACUAACCUUUUGGUCGAAUUUUUAGACGUCCAAGGUGGAAAUUUGGGUGGAAAAUGUGUAUGAGAGGACGGUUUGUUUUGGGACUUGACUGCUAGAGUAGGAGGGUAAGGUUGAGUGCAAUAAAAAUGUCUCACGGAGGAAAUUGGUUUAUUUUUGGAAUUAAACAAAACUAAGAAAUGAAAAAAAGAGACAGCAGUUAGGCUGGAAGAGAUGGGAAUUUUAAUGUGUCCCGUUGGGGAAUGAAUUGGCACUGAUGUGGAGAAAAUUGUACACGACAAGGGGAGAUGACUAUAAAACGGUAAUAAAGUUUUAAGACGCAGAAAUAUUCAAAUACUUCCCGAAGUAAAACCGUAAGAAAAGACUUAACUGAUGGAUUUUUUCGAAUAGAUAUUCGAUGAUAAUAAUUAAAGAAUUUAAUCAAAUUUAAAACUUGUUUUUUCUGUUGAACAUAAAAAAAUGGAUCGUUUCGGAACAAAGAGUUUUUAUUUUCAUUAAGUAUUAAAACCUAUAUAUAAGAUUUAUUAGCUCAAGUCUAAUUAUAAGUUGCUACACAUAUGAAUGUUUAGAUGUUGAGACUGUAUUCUCUGAGAAACUUAUCAAUACCACUAACGACUAGGAGAUUUAGAUCAUGUACAAUAUUCGAUAUUAUGUAUGGCAGUGGACAAUAGAUGCUUACUCUCUUCAUUAUUUUUUCGCUGCUUUUCGAAUCUCGGACAUUUCUACACAAUAUCCCGACCAGAAAAAUAAAUACGAAUCACAUGAGGUCGAGAUAAGGUUGUCGAGGUUGUCCUCGUCUGGUUAACUAGGGCUUGGCACAUCAGGACCUUAUUUAGAGGGCAACGCACUGUCAAGUCUGGGCCUCAUCAGGUUGAUUGGCUCUGGACCUUCUAACGUUCCAUUCCACCAAAUAUGAAUUUGUCUUAUCCAAUAAAUUAAUAAUUACUUGAAUUUUUUUUCAUUAUUGAUUUAUAACGAUGUGCAUACCAUUACGGACUAUUCCAACGGUUCACAAACGCUAAUUAAAAAGAAAAAAAAUGGUCCCCACGGGCUUCAAACUUAGCUGUUCUCGCACUUGGUCACCCAUCCAGUUGCUAUUCCCCUUUGUUAUAAUCAUUACUAGCUCUAUUUUCCUUCAAAGAUGUAAGGUGGACGGAGAUUAUUUUUAAUGAAGAUAUUCAAAGCGUUAAUUCUAUUUUUCCUCGCUUCUUCAUUCAUAUCUUCUCUAGUUUUUAAAUCUCUCAUGUAUUUAUCGUUUAAAUUUAACAACCAGAAUUUUCUAAAAAUUCGGGUGAAAUCUUCAUAAUCACAAUUUGAAAUUUCUCUGGAAUAUAGAAGAUCAGUGCGUUCCACAUCGUUUGUAGAAUUUUUUUUAUACCUUCAAUGUCUGGGCAUAUGGUAGAAAAUUGGUUUGUUAUAGCGUGAUCUUGGAUCAACCCAAUUUUAUCAUAACAAAUAAAGUAUUGUGGUUUAAUAUAACCAUAUCUGGCUCUGCCGAUGGCCACUUCCAUUGGGAAUAUGUUUACAGCUCAUAGUCACCGACGUGUCGUAAGCGAUUGUCUACCAGGCUUUCAACUUUAAACGCGUUUUUCUCGAAUCAUCAUUUUCUGAAACGGUCAAGGUCCUACAAGAAAAAACAACAUGAACAGCCGCUAUCACCAUGACCAGUGAACUACCUUUUUUUGUUGGAGACUACUUUGACUUUCAAAAAAUAUAUGUUAAAAAUGUAAAAAACGAAAAAAAAAUUUUGUUGUACAUUUCAAAAUACAAAUAAAAAUAUAUUAAAAAAUUAAAAUGAUUGAAUUUUGUUGUCGCAUAAAAAAAAAUUUCCUAAAAAGUGGUAAAAUGUAUGCGUUCACAUGAGAGUAACCCCUUAAACAAUUUUGGUCGAAUGUUCUCCAUUUUUCCACUUAACAUGAACCGAUAUUCCAUAAAAUAAC